AUGUUCUUUACGUUCUUUAUCCCUAAUCAUCGCCCCUUUGACGUCGGAAAACCUGACGUCGCUUUAUUUUUUUGGAUCACAUUUUGCAUCAAGGAAACCACCAUCUCACCGCCGCGUUCUCUGACGUUGGUGAUUCUGGCAGUGGUGGUGAGGGCAACCUCAUCCCCUCUGCCGUCGUGGGCAUUGUGCGGGCGCAUGUUGUUCGUAACUGGGCCUUCUUUACGGUGA